AUGGAAACACUCAGUUCAACCUUAGCCCAGCUCGAUCUGGGCUCGCAGAAUAUUGGCGGAAAGGCUUUUGAUGAGCUCAUUGCCGCUGAAGGGAAUGGGACGUAUCAGAACCGCGCACGCAAGCGCAGAGCUCGCCCAUCCGCCGCGGAACUGCGACGCGAUCUAGAGAACGAGUUUCUAACCCCAUCCCCUCGGUUUAGCUCCGAGUGGUUAAACCGCCUGCAGAGGAGAUGGGAUGUAUCAACGGACUACACGGAUCUCUUUGAGAUCGCUGAUACACAAACCCGAACAAUCGUUCGAUUCGACCGCGAAGGCCUAGAGGGGCGUGUCACUGGGUAUCAUGAAGUGACGGUUCCGGCUAACAGCGCGAACGCAAAAAACUCGACGUCUUUGCUACGCAGGCCAGCAGGAAGGGCUGAUUUCGUGCGGGGCGCUGCAGGGUUCUUUCCGUUCGCGCCAGGGGGUCUGGAUGGCGUUGAGGCGAUCGCGGAGAUGGAGGCUGAAGUUCAGACAGCAGGGCCCUCUGGGUCUGCUGGAAAACAGGCCGGCCUGGAUCGCAUCAUUAACUUCGCGUCUGAGGGGGGUUUAUUAGAGGUAGCUCCUGGAUUUUCGCGCGGACUGAAAUUUGAAGAAGCAAAGUCGAAAGAAGCUGCGGACGACGAUGAAGAAGUCGAACAGACUCUCCAGGAAGAGGAAAGCAACAUCAAUCCUGAACAGGAUGAAACAGCAUCCGACGUGGGAGGUGUGAAGAUCGAAGACGAGGAAUCCGCCAGUGAGGACGAGGAAGAAGACGAUAUCGACACCCUAUUACCUGUCGAGUUCCCGUCUUUGGAGCCGCGUGCUCCGCUGCUCUCAGCCUUCCAGAAAAAGGGUGGCAAAGAAUGGGCACACGUCGUGGAUGUUAAUAAGGAAAUUUCCAAUUUCCACGAACUCGUUCCAGAUAUGGCUCGCGAAUGGCCAUUCGAGCUGGACACGUUCCAGAAAGAAGCUGUCUAUCACCUCGAGAAUGGGGAUUCUGUUUUCGUGGCUGCACAUACGUCAGCUGGUAAAACUGUCGUUGCGGAGUAUGCUAUUGCAUUGGCCGCUAAGCAUAUGACAAAGGCAAUCUAUACGUCCCCGAUCAAAGCCCUGAGUAACCAAAAAUUUCGCGAUUUCAAGAAUACCUUUGACGAUGUAGGUAUUCUGACGGGUGAUGUUCAAAUCAAUCCGGAAGCAAGUUGUCUGAUCAUGACCACUGAGAUUCUGCGGAGUAUGCUUUACCGUGGAGCAGACCUCAUUAGAGAUGUGGAAUUCGUGAUUUUUGACGAGGUCCACUACGUGAACGACCUUGAACGCGGUGUCGUAUGGGAGGAGGUUAUCAUCAUGCUUCCUGAGCACGUCACUCUCAUCCUUCUUUCUGCUACAGUACCCAAUACCCAGGAAUUCGCCUCGUGGGUGGGCAGGACGAAAAAAAAGGAUAUUUAUGUCAUCUCGACCGCGAAGAGACCUGUACCUCUUGAACACUAUCUUUGGGCUGGAAAGGACAAGUUCAAGAUUGUUGACUCCAACAAAAGGUUCCUCGAAAGCGGCUGGAAACAAGCAGAUGAUAUAAUAUCCGGCAAGGACAAGAUCAAAGCUCAGAAAGCAGCAGAAGCUCAAGCGCAGUCUCAAGCAAGCAGAGGUGGUUCACAGGGACGGGGACGGGGACAAGCGCCCGCCAGGGGUGGCCCGAGGGGAGGGGGAGGAGGACAACGUGGAGGAGGACAACGAGGCCGAGGCCAGCCGGCAAACCGAGGAACAGGCAACAUUGCUCGUACAGGGAGAGGCGGCGGACGUACAACUGCCGCACAGGACAAGACUGUCUGGGUCCAGGUUGUGCAACAUCUGCGCAAGGAGAAUCUGUUGCCAGCCUGUAUCUUCGUAUUUUCUAAGAAAAGAUGUGAACAGAACGCCGACUCAUUGUCCAACCAGGACUUUUGCAAUGCGUCCGAGAAAAGCCUUAUUCAUAUAACGAUCGAAAAGUCCCUUACUCGACUCAAACAGGAAGACAGGACGCUGCCGCAGAUUCUUCGACUUCGCGAACUGCUAAGUCGCGGUAUUGCUGUUCACCAUGGUGGGCUUCUACCGAUAAUGAAAGAAAUCGUCGAGAUCCUGUUUGCCAAGACUCUUGUUAAAGUUCUCUUCGCCACUGAGACAUUUGCCAUGGGCCUGAACCUGCCUACACGUACAGUGGUCUUCUCGGGAUUUCGCAAGCAUGAUGGCAAAGGUUUCAGAGAUCUACUGCCCGGCGAAUAUACCCAAAUGGCGGGGCGUGCCGGUCGAAGAGGUCUCGACAACGUCGGCUAUGUGAUUGUUGUUAACUCUGGCAAGGACGAGGCACCGCCUGCUGGAGCGUUGAGAAAGAUGAUCCUCGGGGACCCAACGAAACUUCGAUCCCAGUUCAGGCUGACUUAUAACAUGAUCCUGAAUCUACUGCGUGUGGAAGCUCUGAAGAUUGAAGAAAUGAUCAAGAGAAGUUUCAGCGAAAAUGCCACCCAGGCCCUGCUCCCAGAGCACGAGAAACAGGUACAAAUUUCUGAAGCCAGCUUAGAAAAGAUCAAGCGAGAGCCCUGCGAGAUCUGCGAUGUUGAUCUCGCUGCCUGUCAUGAUGCAUCGAUCGAGUAUGGAAAAUUGACGAGCGAGCUACACCUCAACCUACUUUCAUCGCCUGUCGGCAAACGCCUUCUUAUGCCGAAGCGCUUAGUUGUAUACCGGAAGGAUGGAUACCGAACCGCAGGUGUCAUUGUGCGAGAAGUCGGAGGGGGCCCCAACCCCGUCAUACAGAUUCUCGAGAUAGGUAAACUGAACAGCAAGCGUCACCCAAGCGAGAUUCUCCCAUUCCUUCCAGCGUUCAGGGGAUUUCUGAAUCCUCUACCGACCCGUGCCGCCGAUAUGACUCUGAAAGUUUUUAAGAUCCCAAUUGCGGAUAUCGAGUGCGUCACAAACACUAUAGUCAAACUGAGUGGCCCAACGUGGUACCUCAAUAUCAAGAAAGAGGCAAUCAGAUUCGCAGACAAGGAGCUAUCCAAGCUAUGCUCCUCGUGGACUACUCCGGUCUGGGAUGAGCUAGAUUGGGCUCGAAUCAAGGAGCUCCAAUUAAGGGACAUCCUAGAUAAACGACGAGAGCAGGCAAAUAUCGCCCAGUCAUGCGACUGCCUGAAAUGCCCCAAAUUCUUGAAACACUUUGAGAUGCAACGUGAUGAGUGGCAAAUUAAGGAGAAUAUCUCGCAGUUGAAGCAACUCAUGUCGGAUCAGAACCUCCAACUACUCCCAGACUACGAGCAGCGUAUUCAAGUACUAAAAGACUUGGGCUUCGUUGACGAACAAUCCCGUGUGCAGCUGAAAGGAAAGGUAGCUUGCGAGAUUCAUUCUGCGGAUGAGCUCGUUUUGACGGAGCUUAUAUUGGAAAACGUUCUCGCGGAAUACGAACCCGAAGAGAUAGUCGCUUUACUAUCCGCUUUUGUGUUCCAAGAAAAGACAGAAAAUGUGCCGACCUUGAACCCCCGUCUGGAGAAGGGCAAGGAAGCAAUUAUUCGCAUUUCCGAGAAGGUGAACGAUGUGCAGAUACAGCACCAGGUCCUUCAGUCGACCGAGGAUAUCAACGAUUUUGCCAGCCAACCGCGAUUUGGACUGGCAGAGGUGGUUUACGAGUGGGCCAAGGGGAUGUCGUUCAACCGGAUUACGGAUCUCACGGAUGUGAUGGAGGGAACCAUUGUCAGGACUAUUACUCGGCUCGACGAGACCUGUCGCGAGGUGAAGAAUGCAGCCAAAUUGGUUGGAGAUCCAACGCUGUACGCAAAGAUGCAAGAAGCGCAGGAGAAGAUCAAGAGGGAUGUGAUCUUCGCGGCGUCUCUGUAUAUGUAG